UCCCCCAUCUUGCAUGUGAAACAUUUACCGCCGGACAGAGCCUUUCAGGCGGCUGUGGACACUGCAGGGAAAAACACGGAAUGGAUUGCUAAAACUCGGUUUCUCCUGUCUUUUCCCGCGUGUCAUCAUCCUCAAUGUCUCUCAACAGUUUUUAACUAAACAAAAUGAGGAUUACUUACCAACAGCUUCUCUUGCUAUUUUCUGGCUUUUGGGGACUGGCAAUGGGGGCUUUUCCAAGCAGUGUUCAAAUUGGCGGACUGUUCACAGAUCAGGAAUACACUGCAUUUCGUUUAGCAAUCUUUCUGCACAACACCAGCCCCAAUGCCACGGAAGCGCCUUUCAAUCUGGUCCCUCACGUGGACAACAUCGAAACCGCCAACAGCUUCGCCGUGACCAACGCCUUCUGCUCGCAGUAUUCCCGCGGGGUCUUCGCCAUCUUCGGCCUGUACGACAAGCGCUCGGUGCACACCCUCACCUCCUUCUGCAGCGCGCUCCACAUCUCGCUCAUCACGCCCAGCUUCCCCACGGAGGGCGAGAGCCAGUUCGUCCUGCAGCUGCGGCCCUCCAUACGCGGCGCCCUGCUCAGCCUGCUCGACCACUACGACUGGAACCGCUUCGUCUUCCUCUACGACACCGACCGAGGAUACGCGAUUCUCCAGGCUAUCAUGGAGCGAGCGGGGCAGAACGGCUGGCAGGUCAGCGCCAUAUGUGUGGAGAACUUCAACGACGCCAGCUACCGGCGCCUCCUGGAGGACCUCGACCGGCGCCAGGAGAAGAAGUUUGUCAUAGACCUGGAGGCAGAGAGGCUCCAGAACAUUCUGGAACAGAUUGUCAGUGUUGGGAAACACGUCAAAGGAUACCAUUACAUCAUGGCAAACUUGGGGUUUAAGGACAUCUCCCUGGAGCGCUUCAUGCAUGGUGGGGCCAAUGUGACGGGUUUCCAGCUGGUGGACUUCAGCACACCGAUGGUCAUCAAGCUCAUGCAGCGCUGGAACAAGCUGGACCAGAGAGAAUACCCGGGGUCUGAGAGCCCCCCCAAGUACACAUCCGCGCUGACCUAUGAUGGAGUGCUGGUGAUGGCGGAGGCCUUCCGGAACCUUCGGAGGCAGAAGAUUGACAUUUCUCGGAGGGGGAACGCCGGGGACUGCCUGGCCAAUCCAGCUGCACCCUGGAACCAGGGGAUUGACAUGGAGCGCACCCUUAAGCAGGUACGAAUCCAAGGCCUAACAGGAAAUGUCCAAUUUGACCAUUACGGUCGCAGAGUGAAUUACACCAUGGACGUGUUUGAGCUGAAGAGCAAUGGACCUCGAAAGAUCGGUUACUGGAACGAUAUUGACAAGCUGGUUCUGGUCCAAAACGAAAUACUGCUUCCAAACGAGACUUCAGCCUUGGAGAACCGAACAGUCGUCGUGACAACGAUAAUGGAGGGGCCGUAUGUGAUGCUGAAGAAGAACUGGGAGAUGUACGAGGGGAAUGACCAGUUUGAAGGCUACUGCGUGGACCUGGCCUCCGAGAUCGCCAAGCACAUUGGCAUCAAGUACAAGAUUUCUAUUGUCCCUGAUGGCAAGUAUGGAGCCAGGGACCCGGAGACCAAGAUCUGGAAUGGGAUGGUUGGAGAACUGGUGUAUGGGAAAGCGGAGAUUGCCGUGGCCCCCCUGACCAUCACCCUGGUGCGGGAGGAGGUGAUCGACUUCUCCAAGCCCUUCAUGAGCCUGGGAAUCUCCAUCAUGAUCAAGAAGCCCCAGAAGUCCAAGCCGGGCGUCUUCUCCUUCCUGGACCCACUGGCCUAUGAGAUCUGGAUGUGCAUCGUGUUUGCCUACAUCGGGGUCAGCGUAGUGCUGUUCCUGGUCAGCCGCUUCAGCCCGUACGAGUGGCACACCGAGGAGCCAGAGGAGGGCACGGACGGCCAGCCCAGCGACCAGCCGCCCAAUGAGUUUGGCAUCUUCAACAGCCUCUGGUUCUCCCUGGGGGCCUUCAUGCAGCAGGGGUGCGAUAUCUCCCCGAGGUCCCUCUCUGGACGCAUUGUUGGGGGGGUGUGGUGGUUCUUCACCCUCAUCAUCAUCUCCUCCUACACGGCCAACCUGGCUGCCUUCCUCACGGUGGAGAGGAUGGUUUCUCCCAUCGAGAGUGCAGAAGACCUGGCCAAACAAACAGAGAUUGCGUAUGGCACACUGGACUCAGGAUCCACUAAAGAGUUCUUUAGGAGAUCAAAAAUAGCCGUGUAUGAAAAGAUGUGGACUUACAUGAAGUCCGCUGAGCCCACGGUGUUCACCAAGACCACGGCGGAGGGCGUGGCGCGAGUGCGCAAGUCCAAAGGGAAGUACGCCUUCCUGCUGGAGUCCACCAUGAACGAGUACACGGAGCAGCGGAAGCCCUGUGACACCAUGAAGGUCGGAGGCAACCUGGACUCCAAGGGCUACGGCGUGGCCACGCCCAAGGGCUCACAGUUAAGAACUCCCGUAAACCUUGCCGUUUUGAAACUCAGUGAAUCAGGCGUCUUAGACAAGCUGAAAAACAAAUGGUGGUACGAUAAAGGGGAGUGUGGACCCAAGGACUCUGGAAGUAAGGACAAGAGCUCUCAAGCACUCAGCCUCAGCAAUGUGGCUGGGGUAUUCUACAUCCUUGUGGGCGGGCUGGGCUUGGCCAUGCUGGUGGCCCUCAUAGAGUUCUGUUACAAGUCCAGAGCCGAGGCCAAGAGAAUGAAGCUCACCUUCACCGAAGCCAUGCGGAACAAGGCCAGGCUGUCCAUCACCGGGAGCGUGGGGGAAAACGGCCGCGUCCUGAGCCCUGACUGCCCCAAGGCUGUGCACACGGGACCCUCUCUCCGACAGAGCUCAGGACUGGCCGUGGUGUCCUCGGACUUACCGUGAAAACCAAAAAUACCCUAGUGCCUUAUCACAACACCACAAACGAAACUCAACAACAAACGGGACGGACAAACGAGCGAAGCGAUCUGCGCCAUCAAGCGAACUCUUAUCGAUAAAAAAAAAGUUUUCCACAAUGAAACGCGGAGCGUGGCGGAGGAGGCAAGGGUCCGAGGCGAUGGACUGAUGGUAGCGCAGCACAGACUGACAACAUCAGAAACGGAAAGAAACGUUUAAAAGAAAAUGCUGAAUUUUGACUUUCACCAUAUCACGACCAGGAAGCACCGCUCCGAGCCUUGCAGACGACAAAUUCCGCCACGUCGGCACAUGAGCUGUGCCCUGGUCGCCAGCCAGAACACCCCAGGAGGGCUUCAGCUACUGGCAGAGGGGCAAGGAAGAUCCUAUAAGACCACAAAGCUGUACUUGAAACAUAAACUGUGCUAAUUAGCAUUUUGCCAUUAACUGUUAAAAUGAACAUGCUUGUUAAACACUUGGCUGUAGUCUUGCCAAAAUAACGCUGAGGUCAAUGAGCCUAUUAGCCUACAACUCAUCGAAUAUCUGCAGCUGACAUGGGUGGCAACGUCAAGUGCCAGGGGAUAAAAAAUAUAUAUUAAUAAAAUUAUGAUGACGGUAAUAUUGAUAAUCGAUAAUCACUGUACUGUGAUGGAGAGAAAGAAAAUAAUGUAAAUUCUGUGAAAACAAAGCUGACAUUGUCUUUUAAAAAGAACAGAGGAACCUGUACAAGAUGCUUGCUUUUUAAACAGAUGUAAAUAAUAACUCAGUAGUGAUCAGAACACAUUUCUCUUUUAUAACCAUCUUAGGAAAUAAUUCAUUGCAAUAAUGAAUAUAAGAUGAUGCCACUUGUAAUUAAAAAAAGAAAAAUCCAAAUCUUUUAUAGAUAUACAUAUAAAUAAAUAAAUAUAUAUAUAUACAUAUACAGUAUACAAAAACAUGAGCACCUUCAUGGUUGCGGUCAUCUGCUCUGUUAACCAUUUUAAUGUUUCACAGACUGUAUCUGUCGCGACUCACGCUGAAUGUUGGACAGAUCCACACGUGUCCUCUCUGUAACGCUCGACACAGGCCACAGGCCGGGCCCAACCACCAAACGCCCAACACAGGUCUGGCGUGAUAACCAGUCCGGUUCUUUUGUACCACACCUGCUCAGAAGAAUAAAACGUCAGCGUUACUAUGGUCGUUCACAAUUCUUGAUGUAUUUUGUCUGCUGAAUAUACUUUGACUGUCUCUGUUUCCAUUCAAAAAAGCUAUUAACAUUUAAGCUAUUGAGAGGAUGAAAAAGGAAAAAAAAAUACAAAAAAUAAACAAGAGUUUUAUUUUUUCAUUAAAGCGACUGUAUUAGAGUUUCAGAUUGAAAUAAUUUUUAAUAAGCAAAAUCAAAGGUAGACACUGUUUUAGUGUUCACAGCCAAGGCCGAAGAGAAGCCUGCAGCUUUGGCCCUUAUGUUUUAACACUGUGGAUUUCCCUUAGGCCUUUUCAUUUUGAUAUUGAAUACUUACACUUGGGAAGCAGCAGUGCUGUGGAGAGAGGGGUACUGCCUGUAAUAUAAUCAUCCUUUUGACUCUCUUGGGAGUUUCCAAUGUUAAGGCUUCGGAAGGCAAUUGUGUGCCUUGAGUCUUCAAUCUCAACCUUCACCUGAGCUCCGCUCCUUUGAUUUCUGUUCUUUCUCCUUCUGUUUGAAAUGAUUGUCAAAUAAAAUUCAAUGUGUUUCUCAUAUAUAUAAUAUAUUUAUAUAUAAUAUAUUCCAUAUAUUAUAUAUUCCAUUCCCUGAAUUGAUAUAGAGAACAGGUGUUUGUUUUGUCAGCAGUUACGUAGGGCAGUCCAGGAGAGCAGGGAUCUAGCACUCAGAUCUAUUCUGUGUUCUGACUAGAAUCUAUAAACUAACCAGAUUGGCUUCUUAUUUUGGCUUUCAUUGGACUUCUUUAUGUUAAUCUUUUUUAGUAAAAUAUCAAUUCCAACA